AUGACUCAAGAAAACCAAAUACUUUUCAAGAAGGUCAGGGAUCUUAAAAAAGAGCUAAACUACAAAUACGCUUGGUUUAACCACAACAAAAUUAUGAUUCGUAAAGAUGAUGAAUCCAAAAUUCUUGAAGUCGAUACUGCACAAACCAAUCCAGACAUCAUAGUUCUCACAGAAACAUGGCUAACACAACAAGAAUCAAUUUUCUACACCUUAAAAAACUACAAUAGCAUCCACUCAUGCAGAACUACAAAAGGAGGAGGGGUUUGCAUCUACAUAAGCUCUCAUAUAAGCUACAACACAAACAACAACAUAAACCACAAUAAUGAAAAUAACUUUCUAAGCAUAACCUUAAAUGAUCUCAAAAUCAACAUCUGUGCUGUCUACAGGAAACCUACAAGCCAAAAAGAUGACUUCUAUAAAGCAAUAAAUAUGAAAGGGACAUCAGAUGAUGAAAAAAAACGUAGGAAAGCCGAGGCUCAACGACGUAGACGAGCAAAAAUCAAAGCAAAUCCGGAGCUUUACGAAAGAGAAAGAGCCAAAGAAAAGGAAAGAUGGGUUACAGAAGGAAAGAUAAAAAAGAUUGUAGACUUAAAUAGACGGGAUAAAAAGAAAAAACGCAAGAUUUGGAAAGAAAGUUCAAAAAAUUAUAGGGACAAGAAGAAACAACAGAGGCAACAAGAAAUUCGAUUUAUAAACGAAACAACUCCUCCGCCUAGUCCAAUUAAUUUUGUAGCAGGAGAAAGGCAGGGUUCUAGUAGGGCAAGUGUGGGACGAAAACGGGUACGAAAAGAUCGAGCUAAAGCAUAUAGAACUAUAAAAAUGUUAGAAAAUAAACUUCAUAAAAGAAACCAAGUAAUUGAGAGAAUCAGAAAAAGAAAUCAACGCCUUCGAAAAAGAUUUUCUUCCAAAAAUUCUCCAGUUUCAAAAGUAAACUCUUUCACUAGAAAAUAUCCGGUAUCAACGGUUGUUAAAAGAAAACUUUUAUUUCAUGAAGCAGUGAUGGCUCAACUUUCGAAUAACUAUAAUGGUAUUAAGCAAAGAGUAGAUCGAAAACGUGUGUCUCACGUUCUUACUGGAGAUAUUAUUAAAAAAUAUAAGCUUAAAGGAAAAUUCGGUUUUCUAACCUAUAAAUUGCAAAGAUCUCCACAAAAGAAAGCCAAUGCCACAAUUAAAAGAAAUGAACGUUACCAAAAAGUUAAGAUGUUUUUGGAAAAGGAUGAAUCGAGCCGUCUUUGCCCAGGGAAGAAAGAUACCGUCACGAGAAGGGGAAUAAAAAAACAAAAAAGACUUUUAAAUAAACCUUUGAAACUACUACACAAGGAAUUUAUUAAAACAAUCAACAAACCAAUAAGUUAUUCACUGUUUUGUCAGCUCAGACCAUUCUGGAUUAAACAACCAGACGUUAAUAAGAGAGACACCUGUUUAUGUGUAAUCUGUGAAAAUUCGGAACUUUUAGUGAAAAAGUUAAACUUAAUCAACAUGAUUAAUGAAAAUUCGGUAUACUCACUUUGUCAAUCACUUUGUUGUAAUGAUACCCUGGAUGAAAACUGCUUGGAACGAAAAUGUACACAGUGUAAGAACAAAUAUGUAAAUUUUAACAACUUUAACGGGCAAGACCUUAUAAGUUACCACAAAUGGUGCACAAAAUCUGAGAUAAUAACUGUUUCUGGAAAAAAAAAAUUAUGUAAGAAAACCUUUAAAAAUAAAAUACAGACAUCAAAACAACAACUUGCUAAUGAGUUAAAAGAAGCAGUUUCUCAACUAAUGCAACAUAUUGCCAAUAGAAAUCAUCAGUACAAACAAUUAGACCUCAUUAAACACUCUUUAAAAAAUAAUGAAAUUAUACUACAUAUGGAUUAUUCCGAAAAUUAUGUGUGUAAAUACGAGAAGGAAGUGCAAUCUUUACACUUUGGAGGGUCGAAAAAUCAAAUAGUUUUGCACACAGUAAUGGCCUAUAUUAAAACAGACAAUAAAGUUAGAAAGCCUUUUUGUACUUUUUCAAAUUCCCCGAGAAAAGAUCCAAUAGCAAUUGUUGCUCAUUUGAAUCCUGUUUUACAGGAUGUUCUUUCCUAUUGUUGUCCUACAACAAUUCAUUUUAUAAGUGAUGGGCCCUCAACCCAAUAUCGAAAUUUUAAGAUGUUCAACUUGUUCGGAACAUAUUUUCCAAGGAAGCUUCCAUCUUUAAAGUUCAUGAGCUGGAACUAUAGCGAACGAGGACACGGAAAAGGUGCUCCGGAUGGUAUUGGGGGAUGCAUUAAACGGAUUGCUGAUCGUUUAGUUGCUCACGGACAAGACAUAACUAGUGUUGACGAUUUAGUUGGUGUAAUAAAAAGAAACAUUAAAAAAGUUACUGUAAAUUCUGUGUCAAAAGAAUCGAUUGAAGCAGACGAUGAUUUACUACCCAAUAAUGUCUUACGAUUUAAAGGAACUAUGCAGACCCACCAGGUGAUAUGGAAUAGCGAUCAAUCAAAUAUUUUACAAUUUAGAAGACUGUCAUGCUUUGACUGCUGCGGAACCAUUGCUUGUGAUAAGUACAAUAUUGGAUCUUUGAAGCUAAAAACUGAUGAAGUCCCUUCUCGAGUGAGAUAUCACGAUGUGUACUCCUCUGAUUCCGAUGAAAAGGAUGAAAAUAAUUCCGUUUUGUCAUAUCAAAAAGAUAAGUCUUCUUUGCCAAAUGAAGUACAUUUGCAUGUGAAUAGUUUUGCAUUAGUCAGGUUUCCGACCAAAAAAAAAAUCAAGUACUAUGUGGGAUGUAUUUUAGAAACAAUGAAUGAGAACACCGUUGAAAUAAAAUUUCUCAGGAAGGGAAUGAAAAACUGUUAUAUUUAUCCCAAAGAGGAUGAUAUAGCUGUUAUUGACAAAAAUGAUAUCGAAUCGACUUUAGAACAACCAGAAAUCGAUAAAAGAGGUCAUCAUUAUUUCCCGUCUAUUCCAAAGAAAUAUCAUCAGGAUAUUUGUUAA